AUGUCUCCUGACACCAAGCUCUACAAGCAUCGCUGCGUCUAUGCCUCGUGUCCCGAGAGGUGGUCAAGGUUCCCGACCAACGAGGAAGAGCACGAUCACAUAGAGCAGAGCGCCUUGGAAGAUCCGAUUGUUCAUCGACACAUCUUUGACGACCAUAAAUGGCAGACCGAAUCGUUUACCAUCCAGAGCUCCCCCAUGCGGGCAGCUAUCUCGACCGUCCUCGACAAAUAUCAGGAUCUUGACCUCGACGUUGAGAAAUGGACUUUCAAGCCCCCAUUCAUGCCUCUCGUCCACCGCUGGGAUCGUCUGCUCUCUUUGUGCGAGGCCACGGAUGAGGAGCACGAAACAGAGGCUGUAGCCCAACUCCUGGAAUUUCUCACCCCGAUCUUAGCCCCCAAAGUCGAUGCGCUCGUGAAGACUCGCAAGACUGGAAAUGUCAUGUUCGACGACCUGUGGCAGAUCUUUCCUCCACAUGAGUUUGUCAUCACCAAGUUCUACGGUGUCGAAGCUGUAUGCCGUGUCACCAAAUACAAACUCGUGAAGCAACCUCCUCCAAUGCCAUCAUACUGGGAGAUUCAUAUGGAGUAUCUUGACUGGAAUGGCAAUCGUUGCGGCUACGCCAACACCGUGAUUAUCAUCCCGGAAUUCGCUGCCUAUCGACGCGUUACUUCACUACCUGCGUACCCCUUGUCCUUUCAUAACUCGCCCUCCAGGAUUCACGAGCAGAUGAUCGAACGAGGCCGAAAGUUUGAAGCGUUACGUGGUUACCACUUCCAAACCUGUUCUGGAUCAAAGAUCCUAUUGCCUCCUGGAAAGUCAGAGGAGCGACCGGUGUCUGGUCGAGUCAUUGUUGACGCUCACGCUUACUACAUGACCAAUGAUAUCGUGAAGCCCGAUCUCGCACCCCUCGUUGACGAAGACCAGGUCGGCCAGAAGAAGAGGUCGGACGAAACUAAAAAGUCGAACAAAAAGAAACCCAAAGCUCACGAAUGUGAUUGGGGAUGUGAAGGAGAAUGUGACAGUGACGAGGAUGAUGAUAGCGAUGACUCGGAUACCCCCCAGGAAGAUACGCCUGUGGAGGGUAAUGCAGAAAUGACAGUGAAAGCGCCAAAUGAUACGACAAGACGCUCUGAGAAUCUCGAGCCCCUCACCGAUGACAUGUGUCUUGUUGCGACACCGUGGCUAAAAGGCUUUGACCUGAAGACCAAGGAUUGGGCCCAGUUCUAUGUCGAUGACCUAACCACGGUGGUAUGGAAUGAUGCCGCAUUCAACCACCUCGUGCUUCCAGGCACAGAGAAGCAGCUUGCUUGGGAGUUUGUGGAGAACAAGACCCUCGCGAAUAGCUUCGACGACUUUAUCCAAGACAAAGGGCGUGGUAUCAUCAUUCUGAUGUUUGGCCCACCUGGUGUAGGAAAGACCUAUACUGCAGAAGCAGUUGCUGAGAAGGCACGUGUGCCACUGUACUCCAUGAGCGCUGGUGAUCUGGGCACGGUACCAAAGGAGGUCGAGCUUGCGCUGGACCGAGCACUCACUCUCUGUGGUCUCUGGAACGCCAUGCUCCUCCUCGAUGAGGCCGAUGUAUUCCUCGGUGCUCGCACCGAUAGCGAUCUAGCCAGGAAUGAGCUUGUAGCUGUGUUCCUCACCAAGCUCGAGUACUACACAGGAGUCUGUUUCCUCACGACCAAUAGAACAGCCAGUAUCGACACCGCCUUCCAGUCCCGCGUGGAUCUCUUCCUUCCAUACAAGGACUUGACUUUCGAAGCUCGCAAGAAGGUCUGGCAGAACUUCAUUAAUCGCGCUGGGGGUACUCAGGUUGAGAUCCCAGAUGAGGAUAUGAACAAGCUGGCUGAGAUGAAGCUGAAUGGCCGUGAGAUCAAGAACUUGAUCAAGAGCGCGCAUCUUCUUGAGCUCAAGAAUCGUGGUGCCAUUCAGGUAGACCGGCUCAUGAUGCUGGCUCGGAAUCGGGUCGCUGCUCUUGGUGAGUUGAAGAAAAACUGA